AUGGCACAAGACUUUAGUUCCAUCUUGGGACCCACUGUCACUGAGAUAGACAAGGCUAUGGUCUCUGUUCAACAGAGUCAACAAGACCUUGGCAAAGAAAUUGAAAGACUGAUUGCAGAGUUAGAACUCUUUACCGAUAUUGCAGAACCACCUCAACUUCAGUCUGUGAGAGAGUAG